AAUACGCACAGUUCUUUUUUUAAUCUGCGAAAGGUCAUUUACUGCCUGUUUACUCAACGCAAAGAAUUCCCGAGGUGUGUGUUAGUGUGUGUGUUUGUCAGUGUCAGUGAGGGUCCUAAACCUUUUCACUGAGGGUCAGUGUGUUUGUUUCUGUGAGUUUCUUGGGAUUUAAAAUGAGUUCUCAGAGUUUGGAGAAGCUCCGGAUGACGGGGGCUGGAAAAGCCUUAGCCGUGCUGACCAGUGGAGGAGAUGCUCAAGGUAUGAAUGCUGCUGUCCGUGCUGUCACUCGGAUGGGUAUAUACGUUGGAGCCAAGGUGUAUCUGAUUUAUGAGGGUUACCAGGGUCUGGUGGAUGGAGGAGACAAUAUCAAACUGGCUCACUGGCACAGUGUAACCAACAUCAUCCAGCUGGGUGGGACAGUGAUAGGCAGCGCACGAUGCAAAGCGUUCACCACGAGAGAUGGCCGUCUGGCUGCUGCCUUUAAUCUUGUGAAACGUGGGAUCACCAACCUCUGUGUGUGUGGAGGUGAUGGCAGCCUUACAGGAGCUAACAUCUUUCGGAACGAGUGGAGCGGACUACUGGCUGAGCUGGAAGCCAAAGGCAGGAUCAGUGCUGAGUCAGCUAAAAAGUACAGCCACCUAAACAUUGUGGGUUUAGUGGGCUCCAUUGAUAACGAUUUCUGUGGCACUGACAUGACCAUCGGCGCAGACUCCGCCCUCCAUCGCAUCAUGGACAUUGUGGACGCCAUUACCACCACUGCUACAAGCCACCAGCGCACUUUUGUCCUGGAGGUAAUGGGACGCCAUUGCGGAUAUCUGGCUCUGGUGUCUGCCUUGGCAUCUGGAGCAGACUGGCUCUUUAUUCCUGAAGAUCCUCCAGAGGACAACUGGGAGGAGAUCAUGUGCUCCCGGCUUGGAGAGAGUCGUAGUAAGGGAUCCCGACUCAACAUCAUCAUCGUUGCUGAAGGAGCAAUCAACAAGAAAGGCGAGCCCAUCUCUUCCAGCUACAUCAAAGAUCUUGUUGUAAAGCGGUUGGGUUAUGACACCAGAGUGACCGUCCUGGGCCAUGUGCAGAGAGGAGGAACACCUUCUGCAUUCGAUCGAGUACUAAGUAGCAAGCUCGGAAUGGAGGCAGUGGUGGCGUUGAUGGAGGCCACUCCUGAUACCCCGGCCUGUGUGAUAGGCCUGUCUGGUAACCGGUCAGUGAAGCUGCCCCUCAUGGAAGCAGUGGAAAUGACCAAAGCGGUACAGAAGGCUAUGAAUGAGAAGAGGUUUGACGAGGCCAUUCAGCUGCGUGGAAGGAGCUUUGGGAACAACUGGGGCAUGUACAAGUUACUGGCGUACCAGAAGCCUGCUCAAGUCACGAGCAACUUCUCUCUGGCCAUCCUGAACGUGGGAGCUCCAGCGGCUGGAAUGAACGCAGCUGUGAGGUCUGCGGUGAGAGUGGCUCUAUCAAAUGGCCACAAAGUCUACACUGUUCAUAAUGGAUUUGAGGGCCUUGCCAAUGGAGAGGUUAAAGAGAUGUCUUGGAGUUGUGUGGCUGGUUGGACCGGUCAAGGCGGCUCAGUUCUGGGGACAAAACGAACCCUGCCCAAUACCUGCAUGGAAAAAUUGGUUGAAAGUAUUGCAAAGUACAGCAUUCAGUCACUGCUAGUAAUUGGUGGUUUUGAGGCCUAUGAAGGGAUUCUGCAGCUUUAUGUUGCCAGGGGUCACUAUAAUGAGCUGUGUAUUCCCAUGUGCAUUAUUCCUGCAACCAUCAGCAACAACGUCCCUGGUACUGAAUUCAGUCUGGGGGCCGAUACUGCCGUCAACGCAGCUAUGGAGAGCUGUGAUAAGAUUAAACAGUCAGCUACAGGAACAAAGAGGAGAGUAUUUGUGGUGGAAACCAUGGGAGGGUAUUGUGGAUACCUGGCAACCACUACCGGCAUUGCUGUGGGAGCCGAUGCUGCGUAUAUAUUCGAGGAGCCUUUCAAUAUUAACGAUCUGAAGAUGAAUGUUGAGCAUCUGGCAGAGAAGAUGAAGAAGGACAUCCAGAGGGGUCUGGUGCUGAGGAACGAGAAAUCCCAUCCACAGUACAGCACCGAUUUCAUCCAUAACCUGUACACUGCUGAAGGAAAAGGAGUGUUUGACUGCAGGGUCAACGUGCUUGGACAUCUCCAACAGGGUGGCGCACCAUCACCUUUUGAUAGGAACUUUGGUACUAAGUUGGGUGUGAGGGCUGUGCAGUGGCUCACUGAGAGGAUGUCUGCCACCUUCAGACAAGGUUCUGUAUUUGCUAACUCCCCGGACACGGCGUGCGUGUUGGGUCUGAAUGGCAAAGUGCUCACUUUCACCCCUGUGGCUGAACUAAAGCUGAAGACUGACUUUGAGCACAGAAUGAGCAAAGAGCAGUGGUGGCUGAGUCUGCGUCUGCUGCUAAAGAUGUUGGCCAAAUACCAGACCAGCUUUGAUCAGUAUGUCCCAGGAGAGAUUAGACAUGUGACCCUUCGUUCUUUAAGUCAAGAUCUUGGGUAUUAGACAGUCACAUGCAAUACAGUGACAUACACCAGAUCUACUUGGCUAUUACUGGAUUGCUUGGUUACAGCAUUAACAUGUUAAUUACUCUUCUGGUGCUCCAUUUGAAGCAGGAAACACUCCUGUCAAUGCGUCAAUGCAGUGUCUAAAUUAGCACUUGGCCAAAAAUGUAUUUUUAUUUUUUGGUAUUAAGUGAGUAAUAAUACUACUGAUAAAGUGUAAAAACUAUCCAAGGGCUGUAUUAACGAAACAAUCUUAUCAUUCCACUGAAUGUUCUCCUCAGGUGCACUAAUAGUUUUUAGAUAAAAGCAUUUUUAGCAUCGAUUAACUGUAACAGUAAAACAAUUAACAAUAAAAAAAAUGUAAUACAUGAAAACAAGAUCUAAAUUUGACCUUGUCAAAUAUUUGCUCUGGGGAAUAGUUAGUCAAUAAGAUUGAUACGAUGCAAAAA